AUGACCACAAACAAGUCCAGACCCAAAACCCAAGUCCAGAACCAAAACCUAAGAAGUCCAGACCCCAAACCAAGUCCAGACCCAAAAACCAGCCAACCACAUUACGACCACAAACAAGUCCAGACCCCAAACCCAACACCAGACCCAAACCCAAGUCCGACCCAAACCAAGUCCAGACCCAAACCCAAGUCCAGACCCCAAAACCCAAGUCCAGACCCCAAACCCAAGUCCAGAACCAAAACCCAAGUCCAGAACCCAAGUCCAGAACCAAAACCAGCUACGACAUUACGACCACAAACUAGUCCAGACCCACAACCCAAGUCCAGACCCACAACCCAAGUCCAGACCCAGACCCAAACCCAAGUCCAGACCCAACCCAAGUCCAGACCCCAAACCCAAGUCCAGACCCCAAACCCCAAGUCCAGACCCCCAAACCCCAAGUCCAGACCCAAAACCAGCCAGAACAUUAUGACACGAACAAGUCCACCCAAAACCCAAGUCCAGACCCAAAACCCAAGUCCAGACCCAAAACCCAAGUCCAGACCCACAACCCAGAGUCCAGACCCACAACCCAAGUCCAGACCCAAACCCAAGUCCAGACCCAAACCCAGUCCAGACCCACAACCCAAGUCCAGACCCAAAACCCAAGUCCAGACCCACAACCCAAGUCCAGACCCAAAACCCAAGUCCAGACCCAAAACCCAAGUCCAGACCCAAAACCCAAGUCCAGACCCAAAACCCAAGUCCAGACCCAAAACCAGCCAGAACAUUACGACCACAAACAAGUCCAGACCCUGA